GUAAAGCCUUGCCGGCAUCACUAUGUCACAUGACAGCCCGGAUAAGGAAAUCCGGAAGGAGCAAGGGGACCUGACUGUAGAAUUGUGGAGGCGCAAAGUUUAAAUAAGAGAAAGGCGCAGCACAACACAAGGAAGGUUUUGAAGGAGUUAUUCAAGAAUCAUGGAGGUUUUACGUCCUGCCUUGAUUAAUAUUGGAGGGAGGAUAUACAGGAAAAAUACAGUUCGAGAAGAUUAUCAUCAAAAUGAGGAAGAAGAGGAUGAUUUUUACAGAGAAUCUGUGGAGUGUUUGGAUGAGCCUUGUGAUGACUUCACAGUAAAAGAGACUGAUAAAGGAUUUCAGUGUACAAUAGAUCUUCCCAGUCAACUAUUUAAAUACAUCAUUGGUAAGAAAGGAGAAACCAAGAGGAAUUUGGAAUCUGAAACACGUACCUCUAUCAGCAUUCCCAGGCCUGGUGCAGAAGGAGACAUAAUAAUUACAGGGCAGCAACGCAAUGGAGUCAUUUCUGCCAGGACACGAAUUGAACUGCUGGCCGAAAGUUUUAGGAGAAAGCAACCAUUCACCCACUUUCUGUCAUUUGCUCUCAACCAGCCUCAAAUCCAAGAAAAAUUCCUUCUCUUUAAAGAGGAAGUUUUGGCCAAAUGCUCAAAGGAUCGUGGAGUGGAAAGUACCAUCUUCCAAAACCCAGCAAAGCUUCACUUGACCAUUGGGACGAUGGCCCUACUGAGUGAGAAGGAGGUGAUGCAGGCAAAUGAAAUUCUUCUAAAAUGCAAGGAGGAAUUCCUGGACAAAAUCACAGGUGGAAAAUCCCUCCAGCUGCAAGUUAUGGGCAUAGAGUACAUGAAUGAUGAUCCAGCAAUGGUUGAUGUCCUGUAUGCAAAGGUUGAGAUGAAGGAUGGAUCAGAAAGACUACAGCUAAUAGCUGAUCGCCUGAUGCAAAGAUUUGUUGGCUCCGGAUUGAUGUUAAAAGAAUGGGACAGGGUAAAACUUCAUGCGACUGUCAUGAAUACACUUUUUCGAAGAGAUCCAUUAGCUGAAGAGAGAAGUAGCAUAUCUGCUGGAAAGCCAGGACAGAGGGAGAGAGAAUCUUUUGAUGCAAGAAAUGUGUUAAAGAUUUUUGGAAACUUCUAUUUUGGAGAUCUCAGUCUGGAUACAGUCCAUCUGUCACAAAGGUUUUCGGCUGACAGUUCUGGUUACUAUGCAUCAUCUGGUCACGUCUCUUUGUCCUGAGGAACCGGCAUCUUCCAGCCUCAGUUGUAGAACAUGGUUAUGAAUUAUAUUUACUCUUUGAGGCUAAUAUAACAGAACAAAGGAAAACAUAUAUUACAUAUAGGUGCCUUCAUGACACCAGGAGAGUUCCAAAGCCAAACACAGUUUAUAAUUCAAUCAUGAUUGAGAGCAACCUCACUUCAGCACAAUGUAGCUUUGCAGCCUCCAUGUCUGACCAUAGCCCAUAUGCAUGCAGACUCCCCAGCAUUGAUCACUGCCCAGGAGCAUGCACAACGGAAACCAAAACCUCAUCAGCUUCCAUUGUGCAUGCUUCUCUUGGUCAUCUCUGGAGAGCCUGCUCAUGGAUUUGAAGCCACCAACCCACUGCACUACUCUUUGUUGCUCCAGGUAGAGGCCAAGGGGUAAACUGUAGGCAUUAGAUGCAGUUGAGAUACUUCUUUUAAACCCUUAAAUCUCAUAUGUAGGUUUACUGCCACCUUUAGGGUUAUGUCAAACUGUCAGAGCCAAUUCAUACAACCUGCCUAACUUUGGAACUGUUUAGAUGCCUCCUGACAGUUCUGUAAUGUAACCCUGUGCAUCACUGUGCAGAAGGCAGCACCAUAUUGUAAAAUACUCAUGGACGCAUCCAUAUGUAAUAAAUAUCAAUAUACUGUAGAGGUCAGUGCAAAAGACAAGCUUAUGGUGUAGUAUUUCUUAGAGAGUUGUAGUUUAACACCUUCACCCACUUAUAUACUGCACAAUGUUGUGUUUCUAUUUUGUAGUCAUACACCACCUGUGCUAGUACUCACAAAUCUUUCAAAUGAAGUUCAGCAUAUAACAAUGAAAUACAGAUCAUUGUGCAGUAUAUAAGUGGGUGAAGGUGUUGAACUACAACUCUCUAAGAAAUACUACACCAUAAGCUUUUCCUUUGCUACAUUCCAAUGUUAGCGCUGACCUCUACAGUAUGUUGAUAUUUGGUUGAACAUUAAGCUCGGGGAGAACGAGUAUUUUGAUUGGAUUAAACCGAAAGCUCCAGAGACUUUGGACAUUAUUGCUUUUAGCAUAUUUUGGUCUAUCCAUAUGUAAUAAGAAUGCUUGACACCAUCAGAGUAAAAUGAAUUGACUUACAGUAUCUCAUUUGACUUAGAUUUAACUAGAUAUCUGUAAUUAAAUAUCACGACUAGUAUGCUAAGAACAAUAUUUGCACACAGUGACCACAAUAGUUCCCCUUUAAUAUUUGGGGUUAAUUAUUGAAGUCCAAAUGCCAAAAACCCAAAAAAUUCUUUUUUUUUUACUAUAAAUCUUAUUUUUAG